AUGAUUAAUUAAAAAGUGCUUGUUCAAAUAAAAGACAACUAUUAAUGUGGCAUCCUUAUAGAUAAAGACAAGGUUUAAUUAGAUGAUGGUUAAAUAGUUUUGACCAAUUUAAUUAUUGAUAAUACAAUACCAAAUGCAAACAUACAUUAGAUUAUAUACUAAUUAUUAAACAACAAAUCCAUAAAUAUAAACAAUCACUUAUUCUUAAUGAUAAACAAUUCAGCAAUUAAAUUUUAAUUUAAUUGUAAUGAAAGUUAUUGCUUUUAAAUUUCAAAUUCAAAUAUUAUGUCAUUUAAUCAUUUAAUAGAAUAAAUCGAUCAUAAAUAAACUAAAUUAUUAUAGAGUUUAAUUAUUUUCAAUGAACUUUUCAAAUUUAAUUCAAAUGAUAACAAUUUUAUUACUAUUUUUAAUAACAACUGUUUUAAGUAUAAAUAUUUUAAUAUUUCAAAUCGAAUUUUUGCUAAAAAUUUUAAAUUUCCUAUUUUGAAUUUAUUUUAUAAUUAACUUACAAAUGAAAAUAAUAGCUAUAUAAUUGAUACAAAUACACAAACUUUAUAUCAAUAUCCUUUAUAAUAAAUUGAAGAUUAUAAUCAUUAUAUUUUUAAGGAUCUAUUAAAUUAAAUUAAUUAGAUAUCAAUCUUUCAAAUUAUAUCCAAAUUAUUCUCUUCUAUAUUAUUACUUCAAAUAAUUAAAUUUGAACAACUUUAAUAGUAAUCAGAAUUAAUUAAUAAAAUUGAAUCUAAUCUUUAAUUAAAUACAUAAUCAUUAUUCACAGAAUUGACCAUCAAAAAAAGAAAAAUGGGAAACAAAUAUAUUGAAUAAUAAAUGAAUCAAUAAGAAAUGGAAAUUAUCAAAGAUUAAAUUUCUACAUUCUUAUAUUAUCUAGCUAGAUAGAUCAUUUUUAAUACUAAUAUAAAUUAAUAAGAUAAUAAUGAAAUUUAGACCUUUAUUAGUUUACAAUUUUAUUCUUCUUUUAAUAUUAUUUAAAAUAAUUUAGAGGCUUUAAUUGAAAAUUAUACUAUUGAAAAACUUAAUUAUUAAUUUUAUAAUAGAAUCAAAAUCGAAAGGGAAAGAGAUUUAAAAGAACUCUAAAUUCAAUUUUCAUAAAUUACUCUUAUUACAAAUUUAUAAAUCAUAGAGUUAUUUGAUAAAAAGACAGUUGGUUUAUUUGGAUUGAUUGAGGAACAUACUCUAAAUAAUACAGAUGAAGGCAAACUUAUAGAAAAGAUUAAGUCUCUUUAAAGAACAUAUGUUAAAUAAAUGAAAAUUUAAGUAUAGAAUCCACAAUUAUUUACAAUUAAUCAUUAAUAAGGCUAAAUUAAUUAUAGUGUUGCUGAAUUUAAAAUAUAAAAUAAAUUUGAAUCCUUAUCAAAAAUUGCAGAAUUCAUUUAAACUUCAAAAGAUUAAGUAAUUUCUUCAAAUGCUCAAACAUUUAAUAUGUAGUAUAAAACCAAUAUAGAAUAAUAUUAAAAUUAUAUGAUUAAAAUUUAUGAUGAAUUAGAAAAGUGUAAUUAAAUCAUGGUUUACCAAAUGUAAAAUUCAAAUUAUUAAGAUAUUCUUAAAUAACUAGAAUAGUACAAUAUUCCCAAUUAUCUAAACUAUUAUUAUUAAAUAUACCCUUAUAGAUAUGAAGUAUAAGAUUUUGUAAAUACAAUUAAAUCAAUUUAUUUUGUUCCUCCUUAAUUUACAUUAUAAGAAAAGCUAACUUAUUGUUAAAAUAAGAUUUAUAAAAUUGAUCAUCUUAUUUGUGCUAAUAAUAUGCUCUUUCUUACAUUUGAGUAAUAAUUAAAAAUUGAGACUAUCAAUAAUAAUUGCAUUAAAAAAUUUAUAAUUUUCAAGAAUUUAUUGAAAAAAAACUAUCGUUCAUUUAUUUUAAGAAAAAAAAUAAAAUCCAAAAUUAGAAAAAUAAAGAUUUUAAAUUCAAUUACAUAAUUAUAAUUAAUAAUUACAAAAUCUGCUAUUAUUUUGAAAUGGAAUCGUAUGAUUUAAGAUAUAUAAUUCAUAUAAUAAAAAAUACGAAAAUAUUUAUAAAAGUAGACAUUUAAGAAAUAAAUGUUUGCUAGGUCGAUUUUGAGAACUGUUAUUGAUUAAGUAUGGGUGAAAGUUGAAAAUUUGAUGGCAAUUAAAUUAUAAAAGAUUUUUAGAGGUAAUAAGAUAAGAUAAUAAAAUAAUGAAAUAAUAAGUAAAGUUAAAUAAAGAAUGAUUGAAUUUAUUAGGUUAAAAAAAACUAUUAUUAUUUAGAAACACAUUAGAAGAUAUUUGUGUCAAAAAUAUUAUCAUUAAUAAUUAAAUAAGAUUAUAUUAAUUUAAAAUUAAUGGAGAAUGUAAAAAAUUAAAAAAUAUUAUCAAAAAAUAAAAAAUUAAAUAAUCUUCAUUUAAAGAUAAUUUAAACCAAUUAUUGUUAAAUCUUUAUUGAAACAUAAAGAAUUUUUAAAUUUUGAUAAAAAGGAGACUAUUAAAUUUAAUGAAUUUCAAAAGAAUAAUAAUAAAAAUUUAUUAGAUUAUGAAAAAUUAUUAAAUUAAUAAUUUGAUGAUCAAAAGAUUAAAAUAUUUUAAAUAAUUUUGAAUUUAGAAUUUUUGGUUGAUCUUUCAGACAUUUGUUAAGGUUGGCUAUAAAAUUAUAGUUUAUAUUGGUCAAAAUGUUUUCAUAAAAAUAAACCAAUAUAAUUUUUAGAAGUUUCUGAGACUUAAACAUUUGUGGUUGAUGCAGUAGGUAAAGUAUAUUAAUGGGGUUUGAUUGAUGAAAUCUUAGUUAAGAGUAAUGUGAAGUAUUUUUAAGUAGGUGAAAAUUUAGCAAUUUAUUAAACUGAUAAAUGGAAUUGUUUAAGUCUUGAUGAGAAAUAAACAAAGUAAAAUAUCACUUCUAAUUAUUCAUGGAUGUAUAUUAAAAGCAAUUAAAUAUUUGGUUAUAAAGAUAAUUACAUUGAUAGUUAUAUAUAUUCAAAAAAUUAAGCUAUAAGAAAUUGUUCUUUAGAAUUUAAAAGGUCAAUUGAUUAAAUAUCUUGUGGACAUAAUUUUGUCUUAUAUCUUACAAAGGGAUAAUUAUGGUCAGUCGGUUCUAAUAAAUAUGGAUAAUUAGGUUUGGGAGAUUAUAAUGUAAAUAUGAAAAUUAACUCAGGAUAGGCAUACACCAUGUUAAGCAUAAAUUGAAAACAUAAAUUGGAUAGAGUGUGGCUAGACACAUACUAUAUUUAAGUCAUUUAAAAAGUGUUAUGGAUUUGGAAAUAAUAAAUAUGGAUAGUUAGGAUUAUCUAAAAAAUGUUAUAAUAGUCCUUAAUGUCUAAUAAAUCCUAUAAAUGAAAAUAUAUUAUCAAUUUCAGCAUCGUAUAGAGGUACAUUAAUUAUAUCAGAGUCUAAUAAAAUCUUUAUGACAGGACAAUGUAAUAAUUUUAAGUCAAAUAAGUUCAUCUAAUAUAUUGACGUAAAAAUAUUCAUUUAUAUAAAUUUAGUAUCCUUUUUUAAAUAAAUAACAUUAUAUUCCAAUAAAAAUUUAAUGUAGUUGGAGUAAAACAAUAUCUAUUAUAAACUGUAGAUUCAUAUUUGAAAAUUUGUAUAAUAUAUUGUAGAUAAUAUAGAUAUAAUGUAAAUACAGUAAAAAAAAAUAAGAGUAUACAUUAAUUUAUACAAUUGUAUUAAAAUCAUUCACCAAACUUAGUAGAUCCUCCUAAAUGUGAAUUUGUUUAAUAAUAUUGCUUAUAGAUUUAUAAUAAGUUAUAAUAGCAUGUAGAUCAAAAAGUAACAGGUAAAAACUAUUAAGAAUAGAAAUUAGUAAAAUUUGAACGUAAAAAUAUAGAAUAAAUAAAAUAAUAAAUAAUUGCAUUGUAAAACAAACCUAAAAAUAAAUGGAACAUUGAUGAUCACAGAUUUUUAGAAACAGUUAAUAUGCUGAAUAUAUUGAAUUAAAUCAUUUGA